UUGUGUAUCUGUGGUGAAUAUGGAGACUGACUGAAGUUUAUGUACUUCUGGUACAUAUUUCGUAGUUUGCAAAGUUCAAGUUUGCAAUUUCGCAGUUUGCGUUGCGAUCAAAAUAUUGUUUGUAAAGCACUAAAUUCGUAUUCAGUUAUAUUGUAUAUACUGUUAAAAUACUUUAUGCAGGUGUUAAAUACUAUACCUUGUGUAGUUUCACCACAGCACAAAUUCCAAAUAAUGGAAUUUUUAUAGAGAGCUAGUUGGUUCCCAUCCAUGGAUAUGUGCAUAAAAUAUCAGUCUGAAAACAUGUGGAAGUAUGUUACGCGUCGGAUCAGGGAUACGUGUGAGCGGAGUGCUAAUACCUUCGAUAGAUGCAGCACUACCGUGGCCAAUGGAGCUGCCAUUACCGAUGAGAAGAAUGACAGUCUUCCUUGCAAGUGGCUUGCGCUCCGUGGAGGAUCUAAGCCAUAUCAGAGUGAUAGCGGCGCAAAUACAAAAUGGAGCUUCGAAUUCGACCAAGACAAAAAUUGGAAGGGUGCCAUACCAUGGGCAAAUGAUAAAAAUUUAAAUCAUGAUAAAACUACUGGUUCAUCCCGCUGGUUUCCAUUUUACGCCAAUUCUGAAGGAAAUCAGUGCAAGUGGAGUUUGGAGCAGUCAGAUACUGCACAUAAGAGUGUUGUACCAUGGGAGAAAGUGACAAAUGAAAAUCACUUCAAUGAUGACACUAAGGCCGGCCCACCUUGCAAGUGGUUCUUUGCCAAACACGGCAGGAAGGCAAAUGAAUUGAAAUGGGACUUUGAUCAAGAUAAAACUCUGGUAGCUGAGGUACCUGUGGAAAAUGUGUCUAAAGAGGAGAAUCAUGCCGGUCCACCUUGCAAGUGGACGUCAUUCCGUAGACGCUUUGGACCUAGCAGCAAAAAGUGGAACUUUGAACAUCUCAAUAGCACCCAGACGGAUGUUUCACCAUGGAAAACAGCUGACAACACACAAAAGAAUGAUGACCAGAAAGCAGGACCGCCUUGCAGGUGGCUCUCAUUUCGUAAAUGUCGCAAGUCCUACCAGAAUGGAAGUGGAGCAAAUAGCAGGAAGUGGAACUUUGAGCCUAUCAACAAAACUUGGAUGGAUGCCAUCACAUGGAGUGGAGCAGCAGUUUUGGGAUGGUACACUAGUCAAAUGAUACAUAUUAAGCUGAAAAAUCAUUGCCGUAGUCUUGAGAAAAGCUGUUCAUCCAGCUCUUCUGUCAACAGUCUACUUUGCUCUGUCCUACCAUAUGUAGGUCACAUGAACAAAAAUGACUAUUAUAUCAGUUCAGUGGAGAAAAUCGAGAAAUUGGUUUCCGAUUUUACUCCGACUGUGCAUUUGAUGGGCAAUGAGGAAGUCGCACACACACGGAAACACGAGAAUCUUAAAACUCCAGAGAGUAUUCCUACGACCAUAUCUGGAAGUAGCAAUAGUACGGACACCACAGAUGAUGACUUGGGCGAGGUGCUGAACUCCAUUGAAAACAGACUUGGACUUGCUGCUAUCGAAAACGGACAGUACCAAGAUGGACUUGGUUUACUAAGGUCCGCAGCACAUCGUAAUCAUGCUCCAGCUAUUUACAACUUAGGGCUGUGUUAUGAAAAAGGGUUAGGAGUAACUGCUGAUGAGAAAACAGCAAUGGAGCUAUACCGGUCUGCAGCAGCAAUGGAUCACCCCGAGGCGUUAUACAACCUCGGCAUAUACUACGGGCAGGGCCGCGGCGGCCUCAAGCAAGACCAGGACACCGCCGUGCGUCUCCUUCGCCUCGCCGCAGUGCAAGGCCAGCAAGCCGCCAUCGACGCACUCAAGUACCUCGACGUCAGCAUUUCCGAACCACGACACAACGACGUCAACACUUGGACCUACCAACACGCACCGUUCUCAACAAACGAACAAAUCGUCCCAACGCAAAGCAGGCUGUUUGUCGACAAUAUCAGUUUCCUCCAAGCGAGGGUGUAAAAUUUUAAACUUAAUUUUAAUUGGCAUUUUUGUAUUGUAAGGUGGUGGUGGACGCUGUAUCAAUGCAUCUUAAAUUAGUCGCUAAGCUACUAAUCAAUACACGCAUAGCGUGAUCAACGUGAGAAUGCAACAUGUAAUAUAAUUACAUGAUCUCUUCAAAAUUUUAUUUAGAUUUUUUAAGAUGGAAAGUUUAUUACUUUUAUCAAAUAAGUGUUGUUUCUUUUGAGUUCAUAUAACACCUAAUCUUCCAAAUGCUAAUCAAGAAAAUGUAAAGAAAAUAAUGUUUUUAGAGUGGAAUCUUAAAAAACUUUUUCCUCUUCUCGCACAAAGUCAGUGAAAAGAUCGAUCAAGUUUCUCAGGGCCAGUGUAAGCAGGGUCUAACUGCCCGGGUUACACUGACUGCAGGUAUGUUACCGAUGAGAUUACCACUGCCACAAUGUAUACCAGGUGUUAACCUCGCCAAUAAUACAUUAAACACUGUAUAUUCAAAAGAAAUUGUUCCUAGAAAUGUAAGCACAUGAACAAAGGUAUUAACUUAAUAUUUUUUUUGUUUUUACCUCAAUAAUCAUAUUAUUUGGAUUAUGCGCUUUUUGUGUUGUUGCAAAGAAUAAUAUGGUACACAUAAUUAGAAUGGAACUUGCAUGCCCAUUUUUUGUACUAUUUUCUGACAAUAUAAUGAAUUAUCCGCCUAUACUUUCGAUAUACGGAAGAUACUAACGGCCGGUUGCAUUUUUUUGUAUUCAAGUAUAUUUUACGUAUUGAUAAUUUUCAUUGACAAAGUAAAUAUUAACUUCUUGUGUAAGCGCUCGCAAUUCACGAUUCAUAGUUACCAUAUUUAUGCAAUCGGCUUUUAGUAUAGGCCUUUAAAAAUUGACAUAGAAACAAUAAACAGAGCAAAGACGACACAAAUAAUGUACCAGUAGGAAGUAUUUGUUAAAAGAAAAAAGAAAAGAAAAUGUAACCGGCCUUUAGAUUAUUUGUUUUGCUUUUUGUUCAAUUGUUAUUGCAUAUUUUGUUCUAGCCUUCAAAGGCUAGUUUAAUAUUUAAGCGAUAAUGAUAAAUGUCCUUAUACAGAAAGGUCACUUAAUUUUGAAUGGAGUUUUCAGUCUUAAUAACAAAUUCUGCAAAGUUAUUAAGCGCCUCUCAAAAUUGCUUGGCUUUUUGAGAUCAAAGUUAUAAAUUGUAACUAAGUAUCCGCUAGUUUGGCCAACAAAAGUGAUCAAGAAAUCCUAUUGUUUUAUGCACAAACACAAAUUUAUUUUUCGUCUGGUCAUCUUAAUGUUCCACUUUUGUUGGUCAGAUUAAAAUGCUUAAUUUUAGUGAUGGUUAUGAAAUAAAGACAUGAUUUUAGAAAAUA